AGUAACAUUUAUGAAGUUGUGCACGCCCUGGUUAGUAUCUGCCGGUCCAGGGGUCCUUUCUACUGUCAAAAAGCGAGAAAGUUGCAAAUUAACGAAUGGAUCGCCGUGAAGCCGAUGUAUAUGGAGGUCCGCCGAAUCUAAAUUUAAGUCAUGAGGUGCGCAUCUAUUUGCUGAGCGCUUUGUUUGCCGUUGCGGCCAUGAUCCAAUGGAUACUGAUUUAUGCAUUUUCGGAUUGGCGCAAAUACAAAAUGCCCCAGGAACGGUACGGCUUCUGGCUGAUGGGCACAUUCUUUGGCAUCUGUUUGCUGUCGUGUACGCCGUUCGGUCGUCGCUGUCCCUGGAACGUGAUGAUCGUUAUAAUCAUUGUUGAAUCGUCCACGCUGUACAUUGCGGUCGAGCAGCAGAAUUCAAAAGGAUAUAUGGUCAAUAUAUAUGCUGUCACAAUUGUGCUCCUGGUGGUCAUCACAUCCAUUUUCUAUGGUGCGUACUUUCCAAUGCGUUUGGUGCCAGGCGAUCUGAUGCUCAGCCUGGGCGUCGCCGUUGCCAAUAUAAUGAUGAUACUGUUCUUCCUCAAUGCGUUCAUCAUCAAGAACGAUACUAUAUUCAUUAUAGUGCGUAACUACUUUGCCUUCACAGCGAUCACAAUGAUCAUGUAUACGGCCACCAUAAUACACGACCGGCAAUCCGAUGUGCCCAAACACGAAUAUGUCUAUCUCAGUGUUUUGCUCUUCUUUGGCCAAAUGAUACUCCACGAACGCAUUCUGGCCAUUUCCGCGAAUACGUCACGAUCGCAUGCAUGCGCAUUACCAAAAACCAAUUAGAUCUAUUCCA